AUGGCGGGACACCUGGCUUCCGACUUUGCCUUUUCGCCCCCACCAGGCGGUGGAGGCGAUGGGCCAGGAGGGCCGGAGCCGGGCUGGGUUGACCCUCGGACCUGGCUGAGCUUCCAGGGCCCUCCCGGCGGAUCAGGAAUCGGGCCAGGGCUUGGCCCCAGUGCCGAGGUGUGGGGGAUUCCCCCGUGUCCCCCGCCAUAUGAGUUCUGCGGGGGAAUGGCCUACUGUGGACCUCAAGUUGGAGUGGGGCUGCUGCCCCCAGGCAGCCUGGAGACCCCUCAGCCCGAGAGCGAGGCGGGAGCCGGAGUGGAGAGCAACUCUAAGGGGACCUCGCCUGAGCCCUGCGCUGCCCCGCCUGGGGCCGUGAAGCUGGACAAGGAGAAGUUGGAGCAAAACCCUGAGGAGGAGGCGAGUGAGGACAUGAAAGCUCUACAGAAGGACCUCGAGCAAUUUGCCAAGCUCUUGAAGCAGAAGAGGAUCACUCUGGGAUAUACCCAGGCCGAUGUGGGGCUCACCCUCGGGGUUCUCUUUGGGAAGGUGUUCAGCCAAACGACCAUCUGCCGCUUUGAGGCUCUGCAGCUCAGUUUGAAGAACAUGUGUAAGCUGCGGCCCCUGCUGCAGAAGUGGGUGGAGGAAGCUGACAACAACGAGAAUCUACAGGAGAUAUGCAAAGCGGAGACCCUGGUGCAGGCCCGGAAGAGAAAGCGAACAAGCAUCGAAAACCGCGUACGGGGCAACCUGGAGAGCAUGUUCCUGCAGUGUCCGAAGCCCACCUUGCAGCAGAUCGGCCACAUCGCCCAACAGCUCGGGCUUGAGAAGGAUGUGGUCCGAGUAUGGUUCUGCAACCGUCGCCAGAAGGGCAAACGAUCAAGCAGUGACUAUUCUCAACGAGAGGAUUUUGAGGCUUCUGGGCCUCCUUUCUCAGGGGGACCAGUAUCCUUUCCUCUGGCACCAGGGCCCCAUUUUGGUACCCCAGGCUACGCGGGCCCUCACUUCACUACGCUGUACUCCUCGGUCCCAUUCCCUGAGGGUGAAACCUUUCCCUCUGUGUCUGUCACCUCUCUGGGCUCUCCCAUGCAUUCAAACUGAAGUGCCCGCCCUUCCCAGAAAAGGGGAGAGCUAGGGAGAGAGGAGCCUGAGGAUUGUACCACGGCUUUGGGAUUAAGUUCUUCAUCGCUAAAGAAUUGGGAACACAAAGGGUGUGGGGGCAGGGAGUUUGGGGAAACUGGUUGGAGGGAAGCUCAAUGAUGCUCUUGAUUUUAAUGCCCACAUCACUCAUCACUUUGAUCUUAAAUAAAGAAGCCUGGGACACAGUAGGUGGAUACUUUUGUCUUUGGUUUAUCCUCUUCUAUUUACUGAAGACAUGGGGAUACUCAAUAGUAGAUAUUAACAGCUGUCAGACCCAAAAUCACCCUGAAGCCAAAGUGCUUAACCUUAGAGUCACACAAUGCAGAGGAAGAGCUGGGACUAGAACCUAAGUUUAUUUGUGGAGGCCCUUAAAGAUGUGAGCUAGUUCUUAGGAGUUCACGACAUGGGAUCCUGAGGAAUUUGAGCUGAAUGCCUUAUUUUCACCUACAGAUCUGCUUACUGUGUAGCUCAUUCCCUACUAGGAGCUGGCUUUUUGCUU